AUGGCAGCCCGAUUAGUGCCAGUUAUUUCUCUGAAAGAUUUCGAAUAUCGACGAGAAGAAAUUACCCAGCAACUUGUUGAAGCUGCGGAAACUGCGGGCUUUCUGACCCUGGUCGAUCAUGGUAUCAGUGUUGACGAAAUCAAACAGCAGUUUGCAAUUUCAAAAGCCUUCUUUGCUUUGCCUCACGAGUCGAAGGGUAAGACUCCCCAUGAUCUGAAAACCAAUAAUGGUUGGGAAUAUAAAGCUCAAUUACGACCGAGUACCGGGGUUUACGACGAGAAAGAGUCCCUCUGGCUACAGCGCAACUCUACAUGGCCUUCUGAUGAAGACGUACCCCACUUCAAUAGCACAACUCGGGCCUUUAUGGAUAAGUGUGCAGUAAUCUCUGACCGCAUAGUAUCCUGUCUUGGUAUCGCUCUGGGAUUUCCCGCAGACUAUUUCCAGAUCGCCAACGACCCGUCGAAGGAUGAUUGUUUGACGCAGCUACGAAUGAUCCAUUACCCUCCUUCGCAGGGGGCACCCGGAACAUGGCGAGCAGGCUCCCAUACCGACAUCGGCUGCCUGACCCUUUUGUUUCAGCUCGAUGGCGAGGAUGGACUUGAGAUAUGCCCGGGUAGGGAAUCUCAUACUACUUAUGCCAUGGGUGACGUAUUUACACCGCUACCGGCACACACUGGGCCGAUCGUGGUCAACAUUGGAGACAUGCUCACCUAUUUCAACCAGGGCCGCACGAAUUUCGUUCUUCAAGGUCCACAGAAGAAGUAG